GGCAUAUUAAAAUUUGGGAGUGGCAUAAGCAUAGCUGGCAAAUACGACAUGCAGGCCCAGCCCCCUGUACACCAAAUUCAAUUUCUUUUUUCCCCUUUCUCUAACACACACACUAGCUCUCUUGUUUUCUUUCUUCUUCAACAUAACAUGCACUGCACAAUUGCCUCAUGAAUCAUCAUUAGUCAGGGUUUAUCCUCUAAGAAAAUAAACAUACUAUAGCAAUGAGUGCGUCCAGGUUCAUCAAGUGUGUCACUGUGGGUGACGGUGCCGUUGGCAAGACUUGCAUGCUCAUCUCCUACACCAGCAACACUUUUCCUACGGACUACGUGCCAACUGUCUUUGACAAUUUCAGUGCAAAUGUCGUUGUGGAUGGAAGCACUGUGAAUCUUGGGUUGUGGGAUACUGCUGGCCAAGAAGAUUACAAUAGAUUGAGACCCUUAAGCUAUCGUGGAGCAGAUGUAUUCCUGCUUGCUUUCUCUCUCAUAAGCAGGGCCAGCUAUGAAAAUGUUGCCAAGAAAUGGAUUCCUGAGUUGAGGCAUUAUGCUCCUGGUGUUCCAAUUAUUCUUGUUGGAACAAAACUUGAUCUUCGGGAUGAUAAGCAGUUCUUUCAAGACCAUCCUGGUGCAGUGCCUAUCACCACAGCACAGGGUGAGGAACUGAGAAAGCUUAUCGGUGCUCCAAUUUACAUUGAAUGUAGUUCAAAAACACAACAGAAUGUGAAGGCUGUUUUUGAUGCAGCCAUCAAGGUAGUUCUCCAGCCCCCAAAGCAGAAGAAAAAGAAGAGAAAGGGACAAAAGGCCUGUUCCAUUUUGUGAUCUUCAGUUCUUAAUAUAGUAGUUUGUGGAGGAUGACAUGACUGUAGUCUUCAUCAUUCUAUAUCUUAUACUAUUUCCAACCUAGAUGAAGGAAUCAUCAUGUCCAACUGACCGCAUCAAGGUUCGCUCAUAAGCAUCGAGCUAUCUGUCUAAUUGUCUCUGGCUGUAGGAUCUGUACAGUCGUAAUUUCAAUAUGUUUGGUGUGCACACAACACUUGCGUUACUGUUGGCUGUUUACCUGUUGUAUUGAUUAUUAAAUGACCAUUUCCAGCAGUGGACGCGGGUUGUAUUCAUGUUGUAAUCUAAUCUAGGAAGUGCUUGCAUAUGUGGCUUUGGAUGUGAACUAAGUAUAUGUAAUUAAUUAUGUUAGCUGCUUUUAACAGCUUGGAUAUAUAGUUGGCUUGAUUAAGGUUUCAUUCUUC